CAUGGAGGAAAUGUUCAUUCUGGCAACACUGUGUGUGUGUGCGUGCGUGCGUGCAAGAGAGAAAGAGGUGGAGGUUUAAGCUAACUUUUACAGGCAGUCAGAGGGAGCCACAUCACCCUCUUCCUCUCCCAUUUCCAACCACUCUGCUUUCAGCGUUAACUUUAUUUCUACUUGAGGUCCUCGAGUGAUCUCCUCGGAGAGGACCAGCAGAUAUGGACAGAAAACAUGUUGUAUGGAUCUUGAGGCUUCUUCUCCUGGUCCUCCUGGGUGUGGCAGAGACGACAGACCCUUUGGCAGAUUUGGAAAACAUUGCUGGGAAGCUGGUUUUCUAUCAGACAGAGGGAAAUGCCACCUAUGUGAGAGACACAAGAGAGCUGGCGUCAGAUGUUCCCACGGAGACCAUGUUUGAACUCUUCGAUCCCCAGAGGAAUUUCAGCACCGCAAAAUUCACUUAUACGUGGGAUUUAGGCAACGGAGAAGUGAUCCAAGGGACAGAGCCAGUUGUCCGCUAUCAUUACCCAGAGUCAGGGAACUACACACUGCAGCUGAAAGUGGGAGUCAAUGUGACUAAAUCUGCACCUCCAGUCACUGGGGUCUACUCCACAGAUGUUCAAGUGCUCGAUGCCAUCAGACACAUCGAGCUGAAGGGCCCUGCAGAUUAUGAGGUGUCUCAGAACACCAGUUUGGCUUUUCACGUGGAUGGAAGUCCUCCCAUGUGGGUGUGCUGGCGUUUCCUGCCUAACUGUGUGCCGGACAUGACAGGGGGCUGCACGCUGACCAUGCUGUAUGAAAAUACCCUGAGACUGAACCACACCUUCACCUCUGCUGGUGUCCACUGCCUGGACAUCAGCGUCCGCAAUGACGUCAGCAAACUGCAGACCUCCUUCAGCCUCUACGUCAAGAGAAGCAUAGAUAUCGCCCAUAUGUUCUUCAUCCUGACGUGCGCUGCCAUUCUCGUCGCAACUUUCUCCUUCAUCACAGUCAUCGCCUGCCGCCCUCGCCAUCACGCCAGAUCACAGAUUGCUGCCUCCAGUAAUGCCAUAUUCCUGAAGAACCAGGACUCAGGCGGUCAAAGCACGAUUCUCUUUAAAUUCUCCAACAUGGAGAGGGGAGAGAAAAAGCCACUCCUUUUAGAGUAUGGGACUCAAUACUCCUCUUAACAUCUCCCUGCUCCUCUGUCUGCUCUAUGUCUGUUUUCCACUUUACUGUUUCUACAAACAGUAUUUGGUGAAGAAAAUGCACAAUUAUGCCCUUACAUGUGUAAUGCCAAUUCCUAUCUUUUGGCAUAUCCCCAUGUUAGAGAUUUAGAUAGCUAUAUCUGUGACUGAUCAGCCUGAAAUUGCAUUUUUAAUCAAUCAAGUUGCCUGUUUAGGAUUGUAGUCUAAGCUGUUAAUUAAUUGUUUUACUUUUAUUGUUCAGUAGAGUCAAAUACCUUCAGCAUUUUCCCCAAAUUAGGUGAUGGUGAUCAAUUAAUGAGUCACAGAGCUCUGGCUGACAUUCAGAUAAGCUCAUAAUAAAUUAAUAGCUCAAGUGCAGGUCAUGUUUAAACAAUGAGUAUUAAU